AUGUUUUCCCGGCAAUCCCUUCUCGCUCUUCUCUCCUUGUCGGGUUCCCCCGUUUUGGCCGACUUCCUCGGCCCUCGAUACCCUCCCCCCACAGACCUGACUAGCAAAGACAGCCAUGUCAUCGCUGGAUGGGAAAAUCUUACCGAAACCUUGCAAGGGUAUUUGGAGAUUAGCCCAGAAGAAGACCCUGUUCUCAGCACAUUGAAGAACACCACCUUUUCCGUCGGCCUCUUCUCAACUCGCGAUGAUGGGGCGGCCAGCAAGUUCCAGUUCCACUAUAAUUCCCCCACGACCAAGGGGGCUAAAUACGGUACCAAGGAGGUCGACGGCGACACUAUCUACGGGAUCGCUAGUAUAACCAAGCUCUUCACCGUCUAUUCCGCCCUCAUGAACCUGGAUCCUGUCGACUGGGAGCGUCCCUUGACCUAUUUCUUCCCGCAGCUUGUCGACACAGCCAAGGAGGCAAGAGACAACCCGGCAGAGCACAUCCAGUGGGACAAGAUCACUCCUUUGGCAUUGGCCAACCAAAUUAGCGGUGUUCCCCGCGAUGGGUGGCCGUUAUUCACAACUGGCGAAAAGUUGGUCGGUGACACGGCGGCGGCACUUGGACUUCCACCCCUGAACAUGCAGAAGGACCCUCAGUUGUCAACCAUGCCAUGCAGCAACUUCUCAGACCCAAACAUUACGAGCUGCGCUGAUGAUUAUGACAACUAUGUCGGGAGCCAGGAGAAUCGCCCACCAACCUUUCUCCCAUGGGCUAAUCCGGCCUAUGCCAACACGGGCUUCAUCAUCCUGGGAGCCGUCCUACAAAACCUCACCGGCAAGUCACUCGACGAGCAAUUCAGCAGCGACAUCUUUGAUCCGCUUGGAAUGUCGAGGACUUACACCGAAGCCCCUCCCAAAAACAAAUGGGACAACGCCGUCAUCCCCGUCAACAACGACACGGAGCUCGAGUUAAUGUACUUGCUGACCCCCGAUCCCGCCAAGAGCUCGGGCACAUUGCUGUCCACCUUGAAUGAUCUUACAAAGUUUGGCUCAAGCAUCCUCAACUACACCCUUCUCUCAGGUGACGUCACUCGCAAGUGGAUGAAGCCCCAUACGCACACUGCACGAUUGGACUACUCUGUUGGCGGCCCUUGGGAGAUCCCUCGCUAUGUUCAUCCCGAGACGGGGCUGGUCAUUGAUCUUUACACUAAAUCAGGGGACGCGGGUUUAUUCAGCUCUUUCCUUGUUUUGGUUCCCGAGUUUGAGAUUGGCUUCUCGGUCCUGGCAGCGUCAUCUGACAGAGCGUUACGAGCUCUGAUUGCUGGCAAGAUAGGCGAUGCGGUGGUAAAUGCCAUCAUGCCUGCACUCUUGGAGCAAGCGGCUUCUGAAGCCGAGAAAAACUAUGGCGGUACCUAUGUUUCCACAGCAGAGGGACUAAACUCCUCCAUCACCAUCACCCGAAACAAGACAGAGGGUGCGCCCCCUGGUCUAACCAUCUCGAGGUUCAUUUCCAACGGCACAGACUAUCUCCUCGCGGAAUCCAAGGCCAGUGGAGCACCCAAUGACCCAGAUACCAUGCCUAAUCGCCUCGUCCCAACCGUGGUAGACGAGAAGUCGGGUCGAGUCGCAAUGCGCGCCUUGACAGCAAUGGACGCCCCGAAGCUGAGCAAAGGCACAAUCUCUGGUAUUCUCUCGGCUGAUUGGACCACGGUUGGAGGGGCUACCUAUGGAGCUCUAGAUAUGGGCCUCUAUAUUUUUGACGUGGAUGAUGAUGGCAAGGCGACGGAGGUGAGUCCUCUUGCAUUCAGGACGACGCUGAAGCGGAAGGACUGA